UUACAACAAUGGAUAAUACAAACGAACAGUUAUUGAAGCGUCGUUCUGUCCUGAAGGGAUGCCUUACAAGGUUGGACAACGGUUUGACACCAGAAUUUCUACAAACUGCGUCAGCGCAAAUGUUGAAAUUAAAAGAAGAACGCGCACAAGAAAUUUUUCAUGAAUAUAUGGAAUUGCUGUCACAAAUCGAGGACGAUGACGAUGAUGAUCCCACGAAGAUGGAAGAUAGAUACUUCCACUGCAUGGACGUGCUCCGAGUAAAACAACAACAGUUGUCCACGCUGUUAAAAAGUGAUUCCUCCAAUCGCGGCAUAAGUGCUCCAGUGAAGUUACCAAAUAUUAACAUACCCGAUUUCAAUGAUUUUAUAAUGUACCUGGAAGCCAGAGCACUCGCAUUCGAGAACUCUGACAACGGCAGAGCAUCAACAAGUGGAUGUCCACCUCCAAGAAGGAGCCAAGUCGUUGCUGCCCCAGCCUGAAGAGCAGCACAAGUCCAGUGAUCCUGCACAGCCGCGCCUAGUUGCGACAACCUUCGGCUAUGUAGUUGCAGGCAACAUCCCGGAGCAACCUCGCCAGAAUACUGCUGUCUCCCUAUUUUGUCAAAAUUGUGAGUCCGAUAUUAGCAGCACAAUUAAUAAGUUUUGGCAAUCAGAGGCUGUCCCGGAAAUAUUCACUGAACAUACGUCUGAACAAGCAUACUGUGAACAGUAUUUUAAAGACACUGUAAAGCUAAUAAAUAACAAGUUUGAAGUCUCAAUGCCCCUCAAAAUCCCCAUAUAUGACAUAAAUAAUAAACUGGGCGAUUCACUAGGCUUAGCAUUGCGAAGAUUUCUCAAUUUGGAGAAAAGACUUCAAAAAGAUCGCUCUCUAUUUGAUGAAUAUCAGAAAUUCAUCCAUGAAUAUAUUGACCUCGGUCAUGCAAGUUAUGUAGAUAUCACAAGUUAUGAUCUAUCACGAGAUGCGGUGUAUUUUAUGCCUCAUCACCCCGUCAUUCGGGAGAAUGCUGUCAGCACACGCCUGCGUACAGUAUUUGAUGGAUCCAUGAAGACUUCAAACAAAAUUUCAUUAAAUGAUUUAAUGUUAAAUGGUCCUGUAGUCCAAAACGACUUGUUCGACAUAUUAGUGUUGUUCAGACUUAACAGGUAUUUUUUCACAUGUGACAUCAGACGUAUGUUCAGAAAUAUAUCCAUAGAGAAAAGCCAACGAUCAUUACAAAAUAUUCUAUGGCGAGACAAUGAUAAAGAUCCAAUUAAAUGUCUGCAAUUAAAUACUGUCACAUACGGGUUAAAAAACUCGUCAUUCCUAGCCACAAGAUGCUUGAAUGAGCUAGCAGAAAGAUAUAAAAAUGACUAUCAAUUAGCAUGUCCAGUAAUAUUAUCAUCAACCUAUGUUGAUGACAUUUUAUAUAGUCACAACAAUCUCAACACAAUAAUUCAAACUAAAAAUCAACUUGUUGAAUUGUUAAGUAAAGGGAGCUUCACUCUACACAAGUGGUCAGCUAAUGAUGCCAAAAUUAUAGAAAAUAUUCCUAUAGAGCAGCGGUAUUCUGGAGAGAUUACUCUUCAAAAGGACAUCAAAACGUUGGGUUUAAAUUUUAAUGAAAAUUCAGACUCAUUUACAUUCUCUCCAUUGCCCAAACAAUCUGUGAAAACUAAAAGACAAAUCUUAAGUUUCAUAAGUCAGUUUUAUGACCCAUUAGGAUUAAUUGGACCAAUUUUUGUCAAGGCUAAACAAAUAAUGCAAAGUCUUUGGAAGUCCAAUACGGAUUGGGAUUCUGUUCCUCCAGCUGAUAUACAGAAGGAAUGGCAAGCCUUUUAUGAUGAGUUAUCAAGUAUGCCUAAAAUCUCAAUCAAGAGAAAUACA